AAAAAAAUUCAAAACAAGUCUUUGGAAAUUUCCCUCGCUUUUUUCCGAACAGUUGAAACUCUAUUAUUAUUUCAUCAAAAAGUAGUUGCGGAACAGUUUACUUGUUACUUGUAGUAGAGUACAAAUAUUAUUCAAAAGAGUAUUAUAAUAGAGAAUUUUGAGAGAAUUUUGAAAAAUCGAAUACGAUCAUCAUCAAUCGAAUAUAAACAAGAUGGUAUUUGCUAAGGGUGAUUCAAUACAUUUUCGAGUUCUUGCUGGACACUUUGCUCCUCAUGCGGAUUUGCCACGAAAAUGUUAUUUGAUGGUACAACAGGCUGGAACUCAUCAUUGUGAUCAAAAGAGUCACAAACAGACAGUUGUUAAGGUUAAAUCGACACCUUGUUUGGAAAAUUUGGGAAUGGAUCGUGUAAAUAGUCAUGAGGCAUUGUCAACCUAUGAUCCCGAAUCAUGUGCCUCAACACCAAUUGAAUCUCAUGAUAAUAUUUCAGGAGUUCAAGUCAAGAUCAAUGAUCAAACAGAUGAAUUUGUAUUUAAUUGGAAUCAAGAAUUUGAUUUUCCAUCCAUUGAAUGUUCUCAGCAUGGAAUUAAAUUUUGGUUCACAUUAAUGGAGUCCCAUACAUUGAGAAAGGAUAAAAAGAUUGCAGAAGGAGAUUUUUAUGUGGAUGGGGAUGAUUUGAGUUGUGUGAACGUGGAAAAAUCGAUCAAGAUUGCUAUGAAGGGAAUGCAUAAUUCUAGACCUGGCUCUCCAACUUCUUCCAAUAGUUCAACAAUUGAUCAUACAAACGGUACUCCAGAUACAGACUCUCACGAAUUGAGGGCUAGUGCAUCACAAGGAAAUUUAUCUUCUUUGAGGGAGGAUAACUCUAUCUCUGGAGCUCUUGAGGCAUCAGUUAAAAUUAUUCGUAACGAACAUUUUACAGCAGCAUUAUUACUCGAAGAGAGUAAUAAGCAUGCUCGAAUUGAAUUAGGUCACUGGGAUGGUAAUAGUGUCGUCUCGAAUAGUCGUCCUGUUGUGGAAAAUUCUGAUGUUGAUGAAUUUGUAAAGGGAUGGACAAAGAGAUCUGUAAGCAAGAAUUUGACCAUUCUUCUUCCAGCCGAUUGGAUUGUAAAGAAAGCACAAUCUGUAAAUAAGGAUAGCCAUAGCCACUAUGAAGCAGAAUUUUGGUCUACCAGAUGCCUCGGUCCUGAAACUGAUCAAAUUGAAAUUCUCUCCAUAGUUUAUCAGAAAAUUAGUUCAUGUACAGAUGAAGAUUACGAAUUUACAAAAGGUCUAUAUGAAAAUAUGCUAUUCCACAAAUUGAGCCAUGAUGCUUUCAAUGGCAUUGAGACAAUUGUAAGGGAUGAAGAUGCCACAUCAAAAUUUGGAGCUAGUGCAUUCGAUUCAGUUUCGCGAUACCACUUCCAUUUUGUAAAGAGGAUUGGUUUUGCAGAAGUUGACCAUUUGCUAUACAUUUUUAAACCUAAGGGUCUUAACGUAAUGUUGUGUGCAUUUAUUGAAACCUCAUUUGGUGUUGGCGAAAACGAGCAUAACUUGGUUGAGUAUGCUGCCAAAUCAGCCACAAUUGUCUAUCAAUAAACCACAUUAUUUAACUUUU